UUUAUCAUGACAAAACAUCUAAUGCAUACUUGACCUGCUGAAGCUUGGUACGCUGCUGCCAAUGAGGUUAGCCAGAAAAACUAGUUUGAAGACACACCCCAAGAACUCUUCUUAUCUUCCAAACCUAUGUUGCGAUCAUCAAUCAGGACCAAGGUAGUAGGGUGAGAACAUUGAUAUUUGUGCAGUCAAUAGGUUUUUAGCUGGAUAUUGUGUCUUGAAAAGAUGAAGAUUUUAAAUAAGGCUGCAUUACAACACGCAGAAAAGGUUCUGUGGUCAUACUUACCAAAAGGCUUCAUGGCUUAUGGAUAUCUGUUUGGUAUGAAUAGAGACAAACCACAUACACUAGAGGUUGUUGUGGACUCUUGGCCUGAUUUUAAAACAAUCAUUUGUCGACCGCACCCAAAGAGUGAACACACCCUGCUUCAUAAUGAGGAACUGACUUUCUUCAGUACUGAUGAGAAGGUUCUUAAGAGAAUGUUGACAGAAGACAGCAUCUUAGAUUGGAAUAAAUACUUCAAAAUUGGAGGGAUUGACAUGCUUCAUACCACCAUGUUGAAGGAAAUCUCUGCCACAAAAGAUGUCACAAUGAGACCGUGUCAUGUAACUCACCUCCUGGAAUUACAAGACCCAAAUCACCUUCCUCACCUGACAGUGAGCAGAGAUGUGGAGGCCAGGAUCUCCUCUGUGAAUGAAUCCCAUGUCGGUUUGGUGAAUGAAACCUGGAAACGUGGAGGUGAUGAAAAUGGUUUCCAAGUAAUCAAACAUCUGAUAAGCCACUUCCCCACAUGUUGCAUCACUGAUGAAGAAGGCCGUCCAGUUUCCUGGGUGCUGCUGUAUGAUUACUGUGCCAUGGGGAUGGUGUACACCCUGCCAGAGCACAGGGGGAAGGGCUAUGCCAAGAUCCUGGUUAGCACCAUGGCAGCAAGGCUCCAUGCCCAGGGUUGCCCUGUGUACGGCUACAUUGAGGAGGAGAACCAGGUCUCCUACAGGCUCUUUAAGAAACUGGGCUUUACUGAAGACCCCUCCUACAGGGCUGCCUGGUAUGAGUUCAACUACUGAACCAGUAUUUCUUUUUAGGAAAAUUACUGUAGGAAAAAUUCACAGAACAAGAUGUUCUUUCUCCAUUUUAUGACAAAUCAAUCACAAGUCAAAAUCAGAUUAAACCGUCAAACUGUCAGAGUUGAGCAAGCUGGUUCCUCCAAAACUCUUAAAGCUUCAUGCCAAAAGUAUACCAAUAUGUAUGCGGCCUAUAAUCAAUAUAUAUCACAUGUAUGCUGCCUAUUACUCAUGUAAUCAAUAUGCAAGCCAAUGAACCUAUAUCACUCAUUGCAGAUGAGCUCAUGGAAACGCAAGAAACCACAGUGUCAACUGUAGAAUAUGUAAUCCAAUGAACCUAUGUCAUUCAUUACAGAUGAGCUUAUGGAAACGCAAUAAACCAUCAUUAAUCAAUUGUUAAAUACGAUUAAGUAUGCCUAUAUAUUUUCAAACUGAUUAACUGCUCAUUUGUGCUAGAAGUAUCGUGACCCAUAUGUAACCUGAAUUGAAUAAAAUAAUGU